ACGACUCGACGCCUUGGCUACUACGAGCGACCUCCUUCGUCCUUGGAUCCCAUGCAUCUCCGCCGCAGAGCGCGCGCCUCCUCCCUCCCUGCCGGCAUAGCUAGCAGCACGUACGGACCGAGGCCAUGCAUGGACGACAGUCGUCGUGGCCCAAGGCCAAGACGGCGGUGAAGAGAUGGCUGAACCUCAAGUCCCAUUCCGACUGCAUCGAUAGGAGCUUUGGGCUUGGGCUGGUGGAGAGCUCUGCUGACGGGUAUGGCGGCUCCCCGUCCCCGCCGGGGCCGACCUCGUCGCGGCGGCAUCCCAAGGAACUCAGCAUCUUCGUUGGGACAUGGAACGUUGGAGGGCGAGCGGCGCACGGAGGGCUGGAUCUCUCGGACUGGCUCGCUGACGACGGCCUUGGUGGUGGUUCCUCCUCUCCUCACAUCUACGUUCUCGGGUUCCAGGAGAUCGUGCCGCUGAACGCCGGGAACGUGCUCGGUGCCGAGGACAAGGGCCCGGCGCGCAAGUGGCUGGACCUCAUCCGACGAGCGCUGAACCACCAUCCAGCAGCGUCGCCGUCGAGCAGCAGCAGCAGAUGGCGCAGGUCUCCGUCGCGUGACAUGCACUUGCUCCGGAAAGGCGGCCGGGUGAGCUUCUCGGACCUGCUGGCGGCGGAGGAGGACGGCAGCCGCAGGCCGAGCACGGCGUCGUCGGAGCCGGACGACGGCAGCGAAGCGUCGAGCCCGUCGUCUAGCAGCGAGGAGGAGCCGGCGUGCGCGCCGGCGCCGGCCCCGCUGCCCCGCGGAGGACGACACCGCCACCACGACCGCUACCGCCUGGCGGCCAGCAAGCAGAUGGUGGGCAUCCUGCUGUGCGUCUGGGUCCGCGCCGACCUCCUCCCACGCGUCGCCCGCGUCAGGGCGUCGUGCGUCGGCAGGGGCGUCAUGGGCUACAUGGGCAACAAGGGCUCCGUGUCCGUCAGCCUCACGCUGCGCCCCGGCGUUGGCGGGGGACGGGGCGCGUCGCUGUGCUUCGUGUGCACGCAUCUCGCAUCCGGUGACAGGGACAGCGACGGCGCUAGGCGCAACGGCGACGUGGCGGAGAUCCUCAGGCGGACGAGGUUCGCGCGGUGGGCCACGCUGGACCGCGCCGCCUGCGAGACGAGGGCGGCGCCGGUGACCAUCUUGGAGCACGACAACGUGAUAUGGCUGGGCGACCUCAACUACCGGCUGGUGGCGCCGGCGGGCGGAGGAAGAGGAGGCACGCGGACGCAGGAGCUGGUGGAACGACACGAUUGGGCGGCGCUGCUGGAGCGGGACCAGCUGCGGGCGGAGCAGAAGGCUGGGCGCGUGUUCGCCGGGUGGGAGGAAGGCCGCAUCGGGUUCCCGCCCACGUACAAGUUCGUGGCCGGCUCCGACGCCUAUGCCAUGACGAGCCUCGUCGACGACGGCUCCCUGUCUCGGGAGAGGAAGAAGCGCACGCCGGCAUGGCGCGACGGCGUGCUGACGUGGCAGGUGCGACCGCAUCUUGUGGCGCGGCGAGGGGGUGGAGCAGCGGUGGUACGCGCGCGGCGAGUCGUGCUUCUCGGACCACCGCCCCGUCGCCGCGUUCUUCUUCGCGCGCCUGGGCGGCGGGGACUACGACGGAGCAGAGCGCGCGGUGGGGGCUGGCAGACGAGACGACGACGACUACGACAUUCUCCUUGGGAACUCUGAUCCAACGCGCAAGCUUUCUUUCUGAGGUUUGGGAACAAAAACAGCUGAUGGUAGCCUCGGCCUCGAUCGUGGGCCUGCUGCCUGCCUGUCUGCCUCCAAGUUCCAGUGGUAUCUAGAGAUGAUGGAGAUGAACUCUUGAACCUAUGGACGAAGAUGAUGGUCUACUAGCUAGGAGGAGGAGAAGAGAACGAGUUGCGAAGGGAGAAGAUGAGCUUUUCGUGCUCCGAUUCUGGUGGUAGCAAAACCUGGGCCACAACAUGGAAGGCCCAGCAGGCCCUCGUACCUUCUUUUUGGGCCGACCAAGAUGCAAGCCAGGGCAAUGGUCUGAAUGGAAGAAAGGAAGAGAACGUCGCAACUAAUGCUGCUGCACAUGGCCAGUUCAGCAAAAAGUUGGACCGUUUGCUUCAGAUUAAAGUCAAAUGUUUAGACUAUUGUAGCUAUAAUUUAUAAAGACAAAGAUAUUAUAAAAACAAUAGAAGCCGGUAUUGAUUAAAGCCAGUUUGGCACAAAAGACUGGGAUAAUAGAGUCCUCUCACAAGUUCCAAUUGGUAGGAAAUAAUUAAAACAACAUAAAAUUUCAUUUCCAUUCAUUCAUAUCUAGAUGCAAAGUUGCAAACCAUGAUAUGUCCUCGUUAAAUAUCACUCAGAAAUUGUAGACUUUAAAUAUUGUCGGUGUU